AUGGGGGAAGCAAAGAUGGAUCCAAGCGUCGUUGAAGGGGUCCAAGCAUUCGAGAAGAACAGGAAAAAAUUAAGCAGCAAACAACAGUGUUUCAUGCCGACACCUCCACAACAGUCAAAAGGCGGCAGCUCAUCUGUCAAACGGGGCUCGUCUGUGUUUGCGGUUCAGGGUCUCGUCGACAGCCACACGGUCGUUGCAACACCACAUCACUUUUCUAAAGGUCACACACGGCACACGCCCUCCGACACCUCAACACAAGUCGAGCGUGAGCCACAUCCCGGCCUCGCCGAACGUCCCGCAUCCACUAUGGCUAUGGCCACAUCCAGUCACGCCGGCAGAUCCGAUCAGAUCGCCUCUCUGACGAAUCUGCUGGGUCAGCCGUCGCAGCCGCUACCGCCAUCCCUGUUGCUUCAGGACGCAUGCAGCCCCAACACCACCGCUCGGCUUGUAUCCGAUACGCUUGAAGCGCUAUCGCACGAUGCCGACAACGACGAAGGACCUCUGUGCUGGUGCAGCGUAUCUCCAUUGACGUCGAUCAACCCGACGACACUUUUCCGGAACAUCCUCAGCUCUCUCCAAGAGCAAGUGACGCACAUUCAGCAGACGGCUCGAUCCGACUCGGCCAACGCAGUAGCGGGCGGGUCUAGAGGCAAGUACCGAAGGCCCGAGUCUUCUCUCGACUACUUGCUCUGGAGCCUCGGAACCAUCCUAGAUACUAUCGACGGUCGUGUCGUCAUCGUCGUCAAGGAUGCUGAGCGGAUCCGCGAUCUUUGGCCCGAACACAUCUGGACAGCUUUUUGCCGACUACCAUUGCUUGCUGGCAAGCCGGGUCGCAUUUGCUCCGUCCUCAUCUCUACGCUUCCAUGGUCGCAGUACCGCACACCCAGCGGUCUUACUGUCUCGCACCAGCCCAUCACCAUCCGUUUCCCGCGACUCACUCGCUCAGACAUGCUUGCCAUCCUCGCCCUCGACUUCCCUUCACUCUGGAAUUCCUACUCGGCCUCGGUGCAGUCUGCUCAGAUGCAUGCCCGCACAUCAAUUGCACUCUGCGAGCCGUCUACCCUUCUCAAGCUUCACAAGCAACGGUGCGGCCAAGACGUUUCGAUGGAAGCACUCAGGGCACUCCACGAUCAGUUUGUCGGCGUGUUUUACGACUCGGUGCGCUCCAACGUCAGGGACGUAGAAGAGCUCAGGACUAUGAGCGCUGCUGUGUGGCACUCUUUUGUCGUCCCGAUCCAGACGAGGGAGUGCACCACAUCCGACUUGCAGACGCUUCUGCUGGCUUCGUCGCAUCUGUUCAAGGAUGUCAUCUUGCGCUUGCAGACGCGAGAGGUGGGGCCAAGAGAGUGGACACAAGAAGCACGCGUCAAAAGCAUUCAAGCCAGCGCUGCCCGCUUGGCAGCUGCAAAGAUCCCGACUUCUGCCGCAACGCAUCAAGGUGGGCCGGCAGACGACGAUGUCAACAUGGCCGACGAGGAACGCAAGUUCGACGAGGAAGAGUGGCUCGAGCGCGAAACAGCCGCGCUAGAAAGGCUGCGCUCGGCAUCGUCGCAGGCAACCGUCUCGCUCCUACCCUCGCUCGCGCUCAUCCCAACUUUCCUGGUCAUUGCAUCCUUCUUGGCAUCCUACAAUCCAUCGCGACUCGACGUGCGCUACUUCUUGCGAGAUGAUUCGCUCCUCAGUCUUUCAUCCGGCGCCUCCAAGGGCAAAUCCCUCAAAGGUGGUCGCAAGCUCGGUCCAGGCCGCGGUCGCAAAGGCGCUGCCCGCGGACGACCCUCCAAAAGCGCCGUCCGAGUCACCAACGAAGACGGCCAAACCGAAAACCUCAACCGUCAGCAACUUCUCGGUCCCAAACCGUUCCCCAUCGAUCGCCUCCUCUCCAUCUUCCAGGCGCUCAUCACCGAAGCCGCACCGGAAAUGUCGAUGGUCUACUCGUCCCUCAUCCCUGAAAACGAGAGCAACGCGCAAGGUGAUCUGGACAGAUCGACGUUGUGGGAGUUCAGAAGCAAGUCGCUGUCGGUGUACUCGCAGAUCAACGGGUUGGUGGCGAGGAGGAUGCUGGUCAGGACCUCGGCUCAGGACAAGUUGGGAACGAGCAUCAAUUUCAGGACCAACGUGAGCUACAAUGUGGUGGCGGUGCUCGCCAAGAGGGUCAAGUUUGAUUUGGACGAGUGGUUGUGGGAUUGGGGCGCGGGUGGUGCGAAUGGAUUGUAG